UUAUUGAUGGAGUGGAGUUCUAUUCGAUCAGUUCUUUCUAUCUUGCAAUGGUGGGGUUUCAAUGUCACUGUCAUUAUUAUGAACAAAUGGAUCUUUCAGAAACUAGACUUCAAGUUUCCUUUGUCAGUUUCAUGUAUACACUUCAUAUGUUCUGCUUUUGGUGCCUACAUGGUCAUCAAAGUCUUAAGACUGAAGCCGCUUGUAAUAGUUGACCCUGAAGAUGUCUGGAGACGGGUGUUCCCAAUGUCCUUUAUUUUUUGUAUUAACAUAGUAUUAGGGAAUGUAAGCUUGCGGUAUAUUCCUGUUUCAUUUAUGCAAACCAUCAAGUCAUUUACUCCGGCGACUACAGUAAUUUUACAGUGGCUAGUCUGGAGAAAGUACUUUGAUUGGAGAAUUUGGGCUUCACUUAUUCCUAUUGUUGGAGGAAUUCUUGUCACUUCUGUUACCGAACUUAGCUUUAAUGUACUUGGAUUUUGUGCAGCCUUGUUUGGCUGUAUUGCUACUUCAACUAAAACUAUCCUAGCUGAAUCAUUGCUACAUGGCUACAAGUUUGAUAGCAUAAAUACGGUGUACUACAUGGCACCUUUUGCAACAAUGAUCUUGGCGAUACCAGCAUUAAUACUUGAAGGAGCCGGGGUCUUGGAAUGGAUCACUACAUGCCCAACACUUCUACAUUCUCUCAUAAUUAUUAUAAGCUCUGGCAUAAUGGCAUUUUGUCUAAACUUCUCCAUCUUUUACGUUAUUCAUUCAACAACAGCAGUGACAUUUAAUGUAGCUGGAAAUCUUAAGGUUGCAGUCGCUGUAACAUUCUCAUGGCUCAUAUUCCGUAACCCCAUUUCGCUUAUGAAUGCCAUUGGUUGUACAAUAACACUUGUAGGAUGUACAUUUUACGGAUAUGUGAGGCAGUUAAUCAGCCAAGCAGGAAGUCCUCGUACUCCUCGCUCUCCACAAACUCGAUCAGACAUUAUCCCUCUUGUAAAAGAGAAGUUAGAUACCAAGGUUGCAUCUAAUUAG